CUCCGUCGGAUCUCCUGCCGUCACACCCACUGCUGGGUGGCGAGUGGGUUCACCCCGGAGAGAAGGAAGGGGGAGGACCGACACACACUCACACCGAGUGCUGCAGUGCGAGCGCAGCGGGAGACACGGAAGCGCAGGCAAAACACACACACAUACAUACACUAACACACACGCGCGCGCAUAACCGCGGCCUUAUCGAUGAAACUUGGUUUAUGGAGAGAUCUGCAGCGGCACCAUAGCGACGCAGGCCGUCAUGGAAGAGUAUUUGCGGAGGGUCCAGAUCAGACUCGGGGUAGAGGCAUCAGAGGAUGCCAUCCAUGCUGUUUUAGGGGGACCAAAGCCAGACAUUGAUACUGUGGCUGCAACACUGUGCCUAGCCCUACACCUCAGCCAGAAGGAAACGUCCGGCGGAUUGUGUCUGCCAGUGUUGUGUGGCCAGCGAGCUGACACCGUAUUGCCUGAGGAGACAGUGAAGUAUCUUCAGACGGUGAAAAUAAGUGAGAGUUUGCUGCUGUGGAGGGACGAUGUAGACCUCUUAAUGCUUCACCACACCGGAAAACUCUCACUCACACUGUUGAGAGAUGGACUUCUCGAGAGCUCGGAAAACCAUGCUUUGGAGUCCAGCAUCCUGCGAGUGGUCCAUCACAACGGGCAGCAGGACACGGGGGAUGAUGGGGCAUCGUUCGCAGUGAAGACGGUCGCUAGAGAGAUUCGUCAAGAGGCAGCGGAGCACAUCAGACCAACACUGGGGAAGACUCUUGGAGAGGCCGUGCGGCUGCAAAGUGAGGCUCUGAGGAUCAAACAUGGCCAACAGUCACCACAACUGGAGGAGCUCAGAAGAUCUCUGGAGCUACUGAGUGACGUCACCGCAGGUCAGCCAGAUGAGGCGAAGCUACAGCACUUGGAGCAGCUGCUGACAAUGGAGCUGAAGGAGUUCACAGACGGAGAGAUGACCAUUGCAUUGUCUUCGGUGACCGCAGAGAACGAGGACUGGCAUGUUUAUGUGGAGGGAAUGAAAUCAGUCAGUCAGGGUCGUGGUCUUGAUGGGCUAGUGCUUCUCUUGUCCAUCAGUGACACACUUCAGCAUCCCUACCAGCAGGUGGCUGUCUACUCAAACAACACAGAAAUCCUAAACCAGAUCUGCUGUGAGUUAGAAGAGUCCUCCAGCUGGUCUCUCUCUGGUGAGCUGGUGGCCAGGGAGAAUCUUCAGGUCUACCACAUCCCUUUUAACACAUCCCCCUCCUCUGAUGCUCUUCAUCUACUGCAAGAAGAAAUCCAGGGCCUCCUCAAGGACUUUGUGGACCGACGGGGCUCUGUAUUAGCCUGCCACCCCAGUAGUAGGACAUCCUCCACAGAGGGAGUAGCAGGCAGUGUGGAGUUCUCCCAGGGAUCAUCGGGUAUCAAUGAUAUGGACAACUCUGACAUAGACAGAGCAGAAGAAGGUAGUGCAGAUGCAGUGGCAAUAGCAAGGGUGAUGACAGAUGGUGAGGAGGACACAGGGGGUGUAGGAAUCAGUGGUGCUGUGGAGCUAGUGAGCCCUGAUAGUGGUAUGAUCACCAUCCGCAGCAGCCGCUCCUCCAAGGAGAGCUCAGUGUUCCUCAGUGACGACAGUCCACUCGGUGAGGUUACUGCAGGAGGAAGUUCAGCAGCAGUGCCAGGAGGACUCUUCCUGAGAAACCCUUCUCCCCUGGGGUUGUUAUCGCUCUCCCCUCCUGUCCCACCUGAAAGGAGAAAGCAGCGUUCUACCAGAAAAUGGAAUGACAACUUUGACCUCUUUAGUUUUGACCCCCUCCAUAGCAGUGACCAUUCGUUGCCUGAAGUAGGAGAACUAGCAAAUGAUGAAGUAAAAGGAAGUCGGGGGGAAACAAGCGCAGAAAGCUCCAACUUAUCAGAACUUGAAGAACUUAGCUUACUGGAUUUCUCUGAUCCCAAUUCACUUGACAGGCUUGAAAGUGGAAAUUCUUCAACUGACCACUUUGGUCAAACCCACAAAAAAGAGAUGACUGACACUGUGGUUCCCCCAACUCCAGUCAACAGCCUGGUAGGUAGCCGCCCACCUAGCAGUUGUGGGAUCAGGUUCUUUCCAGAGGAUGUAGCUGAAAGGAUUGAUGGCUUACAGCACAAGGACAGUGUAUCAUCAUCCUUGUCAGAGACCUGGGAUGAACUUGGCUUUGAUACACAAGGAAACGUAUCCUUGAUUGAUAACAAAGCCUCAAAUAGGACCAAAGAUGAGAGCCUACAGAAUAUGGAGGAGGACAUUGGAGGCAAAGACUUUAUCGGUCAGCAGACAGAAAGAGAAACACAGGAGGAGAUGUUAAAAACAGAGCAUGCCCAGAAACGGCAAAAGAGACUGGAACCUCAGCUUAGUCUGGUCACUGAGCAGCAUGAUUCACAUGGUAACUGGAUCCCAGACACUGAAAUUAAGAAUCAGUGGAACUCUAUUACAUUGGCAGAUCUGCAAUUAACGCCACCAGAGGAGGAGGGAACUGGAAAAUCUAAACUGGGUAUCAUGGGAGCAAAAGAAAAAACACAGUUGGUGUCAAGAAAGAAAGCAAUCCUUAACACUUUAACACCAGACUCUUCUAAAGAAGAGGAUGAAGGGCUACAAGGAAAGAAAGAGAAACAGAUGGAACUUCUAGACUUCUGGACUUACUCAGCUCAAAAGGGAUUUCUUAAGUCUGACAGUGGAACCACUACUUCUUACCCUGAAUCACUAGAUAUGUGGAACAUGACAAUUCGGGAUGACAGCCUAUCACCAAUCACAACCCCUGACAACUUGUCGGAAAAUUCAGGUUCUUUCUGUGGUGUGAACCACAGUGUUGUUGGUGGUACAUCUGUGGAAAGUCCACCUGGAUUCUCUGAUGGUGGAAUGCAGAUGUGGAACACCACCAUACAGGAAGACAGCUCUUCCACUGUAACAAGCCCUGAGGGACCUGAAAAUGGAAAGGACCUUAGUCGCAUUGGAUCCCUGGAUGCCAAUGAUUCUCCAGACACACGGGCGAGCAAACAGUUAGAAGAAGAAAAAGCUAUAGAGGAGGGAAGAUUUGAGAGUAAAGUAAUUUGUCCAAAACAGGAGGAAGUGGAGUGGGCAGGUCAUGAGCACAAUGUGAAAAUAGUUAUAGAGACUGCAGACGGUAGCAAACACAGUGAAGAAUCAGAGGAGGAUGACCUGCAGACUGUAGACAACCAACUGUCUUUUAGGCAAAACUUGACAUCUGAACAUUCAGAGACUGAGACUUCAUCACACCAAGGCACAUACAUGUGGGAACUGCCUGCCCCUGUCAUGGUCACCUCCACCUCAGAAUAUGACAAUAUAGGAGCUGGUGGUUGGAGUCAGGCAUCCUCGCCUGAGACCUAUGCCAGCCAAGCACCUGACGUAGAGGGGCUGUCCAGCCCUUUUAUAGCUGUGACUAAAUCUGUUCAGAUUGAUGAAAGGCACGAUCAACAUCAUAUGAAUGCUAAUGCCGGGAAAGUAUUUUUAGAUGAAGAAGAAUCCCUGAAUCAAGUAUUCCUGUUUGAGGGCACUAGUGAGUUGGGUCAAAUGACCAGGAGCAGGAGGAGCUCAACUGAGAGUGAGUAUGACAACAAAAGCAAACAAGAAUCAGUGGAAGCUGAGCAAUCCAGUAGUUCUCCAUUUGUUAUGGUGGACUUUUCUUCUGACACUCCAACAGCCAACUAUCAGUCAAGUCCAGGAGAAGCUGCUGAGACCCAAGUCCAGGCUGACCAAUUAUUAUACUCAAGCCACGUGAACUGGGACAGCUCAGAAUCUCCUUCAUCAUCACAUACUCCAUUAAUCACUUUGGCCCUCUCUGAAGAUGAAACCCAACAAGAACCUAAUAAAGAACACAAUAUAAAGGUGGAGAACAAUAUAACAGAGGCAAUGUCUCUAAACACUAGCUUUGAUGGGAGGAGAGACACACUGAAAUGUAGCCCUGACAACCUUCAGCCAGGUAGUCGAGAUGAGGUCCGGUCUAAUUCUGAUGGCGACUCCUCUUCAGGCCUAGAAAUGGACUACAUUGUUGUGUCUGGUGCAGUAAAAGAGGCAGAGAGAGAGUGGCAUGACAGGCCCAAACAGGGAAAGAAACAAACAAAAAGAAACACCAUGGAGACCUUCAGCAUGCUUUUCUAUGCUGCCACAGCCCUGCAGUCCCAGGUCCAAGGUGCACAGAGGGAGCAUCAGGAGGACACAGAACAGAGUAGGCAAAACCAGAUACGCAGAAGCUCUGACAGUCCAAUCAGUACCACCACUGAGCAUCAAAUGGUGCCAGAAAUUAUCAGUCCCAGCCAAUCAAAAAACACCUCAGAAGCCUUUCAUUCCAGACCAACAGGUAACAGUCAAACACAGGUAGAAGAAGGACAUGAAGAUAAGUCAAGUGUUGCAGGCAGAAGUAUAUCUCCAUCAUUAAGAUAUCCAUCGGAUAACUUUUUAAAAACCAGAGAAGAAGUUUAUGUCCAUUCGCAAAUUUCAAUGGAAGAUUCAGAUGAGGGUGGACAGUCGCCGUCUGCACCUCCACCGUGUCCUCCUUCACUGGAGAAGUUGCAAGACUGGGGGGGUCAGUUAAUGAGACAAGAUACACCUCAAGUCGCAUCUGAAACACAAUCCCCUGUACUUACCGACAGUUCAGCGUCCCACUCCAGCUCUUUGCCUGGCACCCCAGUAAGUGAAUCAGGUAUUUCUACUGAAAGAGGACUUGGAUUACCAUUUUCUGGAGAUUUAAUGGAAGAGGAGAAUGAUGAGGAUGAGCAGGAGGAGGAAGCUGAUACUGAGCAUGUUGCCCCGACAAAAUGGACUCAAGAAGGACAGUCAGGUUCUUCUGAUCUGCUAAGUUUCACUGAGGAGCUGUAUCAACCACCUUUAGACCUUAACCAGGACAGGUUUCAACAGGAUACGGUGGAUUAUUAUGACAGACAGCCCAUUAGGUCAGUUGAUCACGACAAGUGGUUAACUGACCAACAGUCUGGAAGUCACAGCGCUUCUCAAGAUAGAUAUUCACUUGUUUCAAGACAUCAAGAUGUGUCAUCCCAUACACCUAAUGAGACUGCUGCAUAUCAGUGGAUGGAAACACACCAUGUCACUCAGGGUCAAACUCAGUACGGCUACAACUACCAUCACAUCGACCAAAGAACUGAAAACCAGAGCAUGCACUCGGCCUGCGUAGCUGUGAAAUCCGGCAGUCAGCGAAACACCACUGAUGUCUAUGCCGAGUUUACAACUGACGCUACAGCUGUGCAACAUGAGUCUCAGCAGGCGGAGGGCUAUUAUGAAGCAGGGGUUUCUGCCGAGUACAGCUCGGAUAACCCAGAUUCCAAGUUUCAGUAUGGAGCUGAAAGCCAAAGUAGAGAGAACUCCAGUGCCAUGUAUGCUUCUCCGUGCUCUCCAUACCAAGCUGAUGACCAGCGUCAGUACGAGACAGUCCAUGGUGAUUACCAGCAUGACAGUCAGACACUCUACCAAUCAGCUGUGCAAACUGAGAGGGAAGAUCAUGCACGGUAUGUGCCGGAGGGAUACGUUCAUUUUACCCUGUCAAGAAACACCCAACAGAGAGACACUGGAGCAGAGAUGAUGAUGAAGAGGGCCUCCAGUGAAGAGGCUGCUGAGGAGCCGGAUAACAGAGAAGACCCACCGUCCUCAGCAGAUGUAUCAGGCAGCUCAAAUCACAGGAGAAAGUUGGUGGCUCCACAGAUGGACGUGUCCCUGGACCGCAGUGAGGGGUCUCUUCUCUCGGAAGAUGCUCUGGACACAGAGGAUGAUGCCUUGGAUACCGGAGACGACCUGGACAUCAACGUCGAUGAGUUGGACACAUCGGAUGAGGCUGACUCACUGGAGUUGAACCCACACGGAGACUCAGCGGAGUAUAAUCUGGGUAUAGGAGCAACUUCAGGUGAUGUCAUGUCAGGACACGGGUCAGCUGAGCAGAGCAGAGACCGCAGACUGUGGAGAAGUGUGGUGAUUGGAGAGCAUGAGCAUCGCAUUGACAUGAGGAGCAUUGAACCAUACAAAAGAGUUAUUUCUCAUGGAGGUUAUUACGCCGAGCAGAACGCCAUCAUUGUGUUUGCAGCGUGUUUCCUACCAGACAGCGACUGUGAGAAUUACAAUUAUGUAAUGGAAAACCUAUUUCUGUAUGUAAUUAGCACCCUGGAACUAAUGGUGGCAGAGGAUUAUAUGAUUGUGUACUUGAAUGGCGCCACACCUCGCAGGAGGAUGCCUGGUUUUACCUGGAUGAAGAAGUGCUACCAAAUGAUAGACAGAAGACUGAAGAAAAACCUUAAGAUGUUCAUCAUUGUCCAUCCUUCCUGGUUCAUACGCACUUUGCUGGGACUCACCAGACCCUUCAUAAGCUCCAAGUUCAGCAGUAAGAUCAAGUAUGUGCAUAGUCUGCAGGAGCUCGGCCAAAUCAUCCCAAUGGAGUAUGUUCACAUUCCACCCAGCAUCGUCAAGUAUGACGAGGAGAGGGGUAAACACAGACUUGCAUGCAUGAGACUGGACUCAGAUUUGCAGGACACAGCAUCAAAAGCCGACAAGAGGGGGAAUUCAGCCAUUUGACGAAUAAAAGAUAGGCAACUCCUGCUUUUCAUCUCCCUGCAACAUGCUGUAUUCUACCACAGCAUGUGUGAACAUGAGCACGCCUGCAGCAUGAUGUAUGCAGCACUAGCAGCCGGCUGGAGAAGAAGAUGCUGUGGUACAAAACAUCAGGCCUUUGCUCGCUCAAUGAGAGACGAGCACCAACUCUGAAGGUGAUAAAACAUCAUACCAUGUUUACAGUGAUAGAGACUGUGUCACUGUGCUGGAGGGAAGAUGCUUUUACCCUGUACAUCACACAGCACUUGAUUGUGUUCCCUUUUUAAUCCUCCAUGACUUUGUAUUAAUGCCAUUGAGUUACUAACAUACUUUGGUUCAUUGAUGCAUUCUUCACAACCAAACAAAAAUAAUGCUACUGCCCUUCUGCUCACAAAUAUCCAUUUGUGUUCCCAAAUAGCCAGUGACUGUUCUGUAGCUCAGUCAAUAGACUCAUGUUAAUGGAUAUUAACUAGAGUCACAUUUCUGAUGAUCAUGGUUUACAAAACUCUGUACUCCACCUGCAGUUUGUAAUGGCAUGAAACAGACUGGUCAAACUGUUUUUGAACAGUUUAUUAUAUCACUGUGUCAUCCAGCACCUUAUACAAUCAUAAGAAUGCUACAAAUAGGCUCUUCUAUUAGCAUUGUACUGUAUAUCACUGUGAAAAUACUUGAGAUGUCAUGACAUAAAAAAAAGUAGCAAAAAAAGUCAGUUACCAGUAGCUGCAGUAAUGUGUUGCAUGCUUUCAGUUGCUGCAGUAUCAGAAAUCUAUUUGAUUCCUAACUCAGAUGCAGAAUUGUGUACCAGUGUAACUCAAGUUGUGGUUUCUCUUGGUUGUAAGUGUGCGUAUAUAUGUGUGUGUGAGAGAGAAAGGUUAAAUUGUUCUGACAGCUCGACAGGAACUGUAUGAAGAGGGUCAAUACUGUGCUUUUUAUUUAUAUACACAUUUGUGGCUUGUAAGGUCUUUGGUUGUUGUAUAAAAUGUUUUGUUUCAAUAAAGAUGUGUUUGCCCCUC